UCAUCAUCAUUUGUGCUUUGAACUUCUUGAGUGUAAAUUGCUCGUGCGCUUCUGGACGAGAAAUUUUUGCGUAACAAAAACUCCUUCAAAAUCAAACAAAAACUAAUCUAAACAAAAUGAAAUUCUUCGUGUUCAUCGCUUUGGCUCUCAUUGGUUUCGCAGCUGGCGCACAGUUGCCCGAUUCGGCCACACAGGGACCCAAUCCUCAGGACAUUGCCACACCCGAACCGGAAUACAUUGACAUCGAGGAGCCGGCACCAAUUGCCGCUGCCCCCGCCCCACGUCCCGUUGCACCCCUGCCGUUGGCCCGUCCCGUCGCACGUCCCGUCGCCAUUGCUCAGAACUAUGUCCAGCAGCCAAUUGCACAGCGCGCCCAAUACCUGCCCCCUCUGGCCCAGCAGCAGCAGGCCCAGCACAUCUCCGGACACGCAUACAGCAGCCAGAGUGGUUACCAGUAUCGUCGCCCAGUCUAUGUAAGACGCUUCUACCGUCAGCGCCGCUACUAAAGAGGGGCAAUGUUCUAGCACUUAACUUCUUGACUUCUUAUUUAAUAUAUCUAAUUCAUCUUUUACGAAUCCUUAUGUUUUGUUUUUUGGUUUUCUUUUUCUCUGCUGGCUGCCUUUUUUAUUCACCACACAAUAUGUUUUUUCUCUCUCUCCCUUGUCCCGCCCCGCCCAAUACUCACACCCCGAUCUGUUCCCGCUCCCGAUCACGAUCACGAUCAUCCUGAACCCGUUCCCGCAUCCGACACUACCACUACUACUACUACCACAACCAACACACAUGGAUAAAUAGCAUUAACCAAAACAAAAUAUAUAAACAAUUACCAAAAAUAUCCCCAAGCAUACAUACCACGCACCUCACGCAGCCACCUCAACCUUAAGCUCAACCACAAAUCUACCUCAAUCUACUACUCUUCAAUCUAUCCAACUAUCGCAUCUAAUAACAAAAUCCUAAUCAAAGGCGUUUUUCCCACGAAAACGCUGACGAAUAAGAUACAAAUACUAAAAAACAUCAAAGUACAAAGAGACAAAUGAAGUUCGGAAGAUACAAAGAAAAAACACAAUCGAAAUCGAAAUUGAAAAUGAAACUGAAAACACACAAAAACAAAAACAAAAACAAAAUCGAAAUCGAAGUAUUUAGUUAUUGUUGAAUUGCAAA